UCGUUGUGAUAGCAUCAGCUGUUUUGAUUGUGUUUAUUUUUUCACCUGUAACAGCUUGCAACAAUUUGUUUUAUCAUGGAUAAAGAAAUUCCUUUCGAGGAACUUGUGGAACGUGCCAAUGAGAAAAUAAAACUCGGUUAUGAGUUGAUUGCGCAGUUGGAUGAAUAUCGACAAAUAAAUGGUGUUGAUAAAAUUCAACGGAAAAUCACUCAAGAAGUAAAAUUCCUGCAGAAGGUUAUUAAAAACCAAACUCUGAAGAUAAACCACGUACAGUGCAGCAACCUUACGCACUACGCUUUCCUUGUGCAGAUCUUGAAAUUACAACGUGAUGUUGUGCAUGUCGAUUGUGGUUUUCCUGUCGAAGAACGCAGCAAUCCGCUGCGUGUAGAUAUAGUUUGUGAAAAUGGUUUGAAGUGGAUCAAAGCCAUUGCGCGUAAUUCCAAAUCAUUGGCGGAUGCGGCAAAUGGUGCGGCCAGUUAUGGCGCGCGUAGCAUAUUGGAUCAAGCGCAAGAGUUUGUCGAUGCCAGCGAACAACAUUUAUGCAUGUUUAAGGCGCCCAAAGUGGUUUUCUAUUUUAGCCAAACCAUUGAUAACACACUGCUUGUGGAACUGCAAGAAAUAGGCGUAGAAAUUGCAUCGAUUGCAGAACCCGCCGAAUGUGAUGACAGCGCGGAUAUUUCCAAUGUGAGCACACUAAAUAUAGAUAUCACCACGCUAUUGGCGUAUAUAAGUAACGUUUGUAAUGGCAGUUGCAAUUGGAUGUUCAAGGAGGGCAUAUUAACCGAACAGGCGGAAAAAGAGCGGCAGACACCAUUGAAACCUGUUUUAGACGGUCUAUUUAAAGGCAAACGGCUCAUAUGUUGCGAAACAGCGUACAAGUCAUUCGCAGAGAUUAUCUCGUUGUUGGCUGGUCCACAGGAACAUCAGCGUGCUGCGGAAUUGUUGAAAAUUGUGGAAGUUUUGCCGGAUGUGUCGGCGGUGCCGGAUGAAUUAGCUGUGAUUAAAUUUAGCGGUAAAAUAAAUCAGCGGAGUUUGAAGAUUUUCGCCUUCGGUAUGCAAAUGAAGGCGGUGACUGUGACUUCGAAUAAAGCAUUCGUACGCUCAGCGAAAAUGCAGGGCAUCAAUGUGCCGGUAUUUACACACCAAGCCAGAGCGUUGACGGAAGCUAAAGAGGCAACUGCCACACCAAUACAAUGAUUGAUAAUUUUUGGUAAUUUUAAGUGCUGGGAAUUGUUGCUCGUUAAAAAGUCUUAUUUUUUUAUUUCUGAAACAUUUUUAUUACGUAAAUUUAGCUAAUUUAUUAUUGUGCAAACAAAUGCUACAAACAAUUGUAAUAAGUAAGUUUAAAUGUUAUAUAGUUGUAAGCAUACGUCCAGCCAAAUUGUACAACAAAAGUGUUCCACCACGUCUAUAUGUGCUCGACGCAGACAACGCCACUGCCAGUGCUCAGUUCUCUUCGUCCUCGUUGAAACUUUGCAAAAGUGCAAAAUAGCUCAUCGACGAGCUUAUUAACUACAAAAGAUAAAUAAUAACAAAUAAAUAUUUAUUUAAACAUAUUAUUUAGUUUGUAUUAUGCGCGUACCCCCGAGAAGCUGCUCAAUGACAACACCGAGAACUUCAACGCUGUAAUGCAUGUCUGUCGUUGGCUGCGCAUAAUCAUAAAUUGCAACUUCUUGCGAAAAGCGUUAUUCGUUGUAUAAUAAACCGUUGGUGCCGUUAUUUUCACUUCUUCAUCGGCGCGCUUGUUAUCCGCAUUGGUGGCCGCUACUUCUACGCCACACUCCCAGUUGCAGGCAUACAAGUGGUU